CGUCGCGGCUCCGCUAUAAAACCUGGGUCGGCGGGACCGCGGCCCGCCCGGCGGCCUCCUUAGCGCGCGGUCCCCGGCUCGGCGGCGUCUCCACUCCUGCGCAGGAUGCGGCUGCUACCGGCGCUCCUGGUCCUCGCCGCCGCCCGGCCCUGGGCCCACGCAGGGUCACACUGGUGCUACCAGAAUCAAGUCAAGCCCUCCAACUACACCUGCUUGGGGCCGGACCAGUGGGGCGAUAGCUGCCAGAAUGACCGCCAGUCUCCCAUCAACAUCGUCACUGCCAAGACACUGCUGGACCCAAACCUGGGACCCUUCUCCUUCUCCGGCUACGACAAGAAGCAAAAGUGGGCCGUGCAAAACAAUGGCCACUCAGUGAUGGUGUUGCUGGGGGACGAGGCCUCGAUUGCUGGAGGAGGACUGGCCGCCCGGUACCGGGCCAAGCAGCUGCACCUACACUGGUCCAAGGUGCUGGAUUGGGGCUCGGAGCAUAGCUUCGACGGGGAUCGCUUUGCCAUGGAGAUACACAUGGUACAUGAGAAAGAAAAGGGGACAUCGAGGAACACGAACAAGAACCAGGACCCCAAAGAUGAGAUCGCAGUGCUGGCCUUCAUGGUGGAGGCCGGAUCCAAGAAUGUUAACUUCCAGCCCCUGGUGCAGGCGCUGUCUGACAUCCCCAGUCCCAAUAUGAACACCACGCUGAAAGACGACAUCAGCCUCUUUGACCUGCUCCCCAAGAAGGAGAAACUGAGGCACUACUUCCGCUACCUGGGCUCGCUCACCACACCAGGCUGCGAUGAGAAGGUGGUCUGGACCGUGUUCCAGGAGCCCAUUCAGCUCCACAAGGACCAGAUCCUGGCAUUCUCUCAGAAGCUGUAUUAUGACAACGAGAAGAAACUGAAAAUGACAGACAAUGUCAGGCCCCUGCAGCCCCGGGGGCAGCGCCAGGUUUUCAGGUCCCAGGCCCCGGGACGGCUGCUGCCCUUGCCGCUGCCCACCCUGCUGACCCUCGCGCUCACCUGCCUGACAGCAGGCUUCCUCCGAUGACGACUCAUGUUUGCACGCUUGACCUCUGGUCUCAGCCCUUAAGAGGGCUUGAGCCUCUGUUCCUCAGGCUUCCCGGGUUGGACUUUGGUGAUGAUUAAAAUAUGGACAUGUUUUUGGAGAAA